AAACUUCGAGGGUCGUUCGAAUUUUUUAUUCCAGUUGCUUCUACACCUCUUCAAUUGCUUUCUCUUUGGUGUUCUCGCGAUGAUUUAAUGUUUCUUCUUCUGAAUUUCUAUACAUUUUUAAUGCACUCCUUGUAUGAUUUUAGCAUGACAAUAGCUUAGCUGAAAGUUUUGGCGCUCAAUUUGUUGGAUUAAUAUUUCUUUCAGGGACAAUUUUGUAGUAUAAAUUGUUGGUUAUGGAGAUUGAGGGUAGUGGAGAAAAUGGUUCCCUCAUUCUGCUCAAGCAAGGGGCUGAAGCUAGAGUUUUUGAGUCGACGUUCGUGGGAAGGCGGUCUAUUGUCAAAGAACGUUUUUCGAAGAAAUACAGGCACCCAUCUCUUGAUUCAAAGUUGACUGUCAAGCGCUUGAAUGCGGAAGCUAGGUGCACGACAAAGGCAAGAAGGCUUGGAGUUUCUACUCCAGUGUUGUAUGCUGUGGACCCUGUGCUGCAUACUUUAACGUUUGAGUAUGUGGAAGGUCCUUCUGUUAAGGACAUUUUCCUUGAAUUUGGAAUACAUGGUGUUGUUCAAGAACGGUUAGAUGAUAUAGCAACACAGAUUGGUGAUGCAAUUGGUAAACUACAUGAUGGUGGUCUUGUUCACGGUGAUUUAACCACAUCAAACAUGUUAAUAAGGGAUGGUAGCAACCAGCUGGUCCUAAUUGAUUUUGGACUAAGCUUCACAUCAACCCUUCCAGAAGAUAAAGCUGUUGAUUUAUAUGUUCUGGAACGGGCCUUGGUUUCAAUGCAUUCUUCUUGUGGGAAUGUGAUGGACCGAAUACUUGCAGCAUACAAAAAGACCUCAAAGCAGUGGUCGUCCACUUUUAACAAGUUAGCUCAAGUGAGACAAAGGGGCCGGAAGCGCACCAUGGUUGGAUAAGUCUGUCUCUUGCAGUGAUGUGUUCUGUAGUGGACUUGUAAUGGUAUGGAAAGCAACCCUGAUUAUUGCAAUGAAAAAUUUAGUCUUGUAAUAGUAUUUCUCUUUAGAUCAUCUGCACAAGCCAUGAACUUAGACCUGAGAUAGAUGUACAAAUACAUGAUUUAUUUUCAACUUGGUAUCAUAUAAGUUGGAUCCUUGCUUCACAUCUCUAGAAUCUGAAUGUCUUGAACUGAUCUUUUCAAUCAAUUGGCUAUUCCUAA